AUGGCGCUGGGCCUGGAGCAGGCGGAGGAGCAGCGGCUGUACCAGCAGACGCUCCUGCAGGACGGGCUCAAAGACAUGCUGGACCACGGCAAGUUCCUGGACUGCGUGGUGCGCGCCGGCGAGCGCGAGUUCCCGUGCCACCGCCUGGUGCUGGCCGCCUGCAGCCCCUACUUCCGGGCGCGCUUCCUGGCCGAGCCGGAGCGCGCGGGCGAGCUGCUGCUGGAGGAGGUGUCCCCGGACGUGGUGGCCCAGGUGCUGCACUACCUGUACACGUCGGAGAUCGCGCUGGACGAGGCGAGCGUGCAGGACCUGUUCGCCGCGGCACACCGCUUCCAGAUCCCGUCCAUCUUCACCAUCUGCGUUUCCUUCCUGCAGAAGCGCUUGUGCCUCGCCAACUGCCUGGCCGUCUUCCGCCUGGGCCUCCUGCUCGACUGCGCACGCCUGGCCGUGGCCGCGCGCGAUUUCAUCUGCGCGCGCUUCACGCUCGUGGCGCGCGACGCCGACUUCCUGGGGCUCUCGGCCGACGAGCUCAUCGCCAUCAUCUCCAGCGACGGCCUCAACGUGGAGAAGGAAGAGGCGGUGUUCGAGGCGGUGAUGCGCUGGGCGGCCAGCGGCGACGCCGAGGCGCAGGCCGAGCGCCAGCGCGCGCUGCCCACGGUCUUCGAGAGCGUGCGCUGCCGCCUGCUGCCGCGCGCCUUCCUGGAGAGCCGCGUGGAGCGCCACCCACUCGUGCGCGCGCAGCCCGAGCUGCUGCGCAAGGUGCAAAUGGUGAAGGACGCGCACGAGGGCCGCCUCACCACGCUGCGCAAGAAGAAGAAGAAGACGGAGAAGGGGAAGGAGGCCGCCGGCGGGAAGGAGGCCGGCAAGGGUGCCGGCAACGCCAAGGCGGAGGAGGAGGAGGAGGAAGAGGAGGAACGCGUCCUUCCGGGGAUCCUCAAUGACACGCUGCGCUUCGGCAUGUUCCUGCAAGACCUCAUCUUCAUGAUCAGCGAGGAGGGCGCCGUGGCCUACGACCCGGCAGCCAACGAGUGCUACUGUGCCUCCCUCUCCACCCAGAUCCCUAAGAACCACGUCAGCCUGGUUACCAAGGAGAACCAGGUCUUCGUGGCCGGGGGCCUUUUCUACAACGAGGACAACAAGGAGGACCCCAUGAGCGCAUACUUCUUGCAGUUUGACCACCUGGACUCAGAGUGGCUGGGGAUGCCACCGUUGCCCUCGCCGCGCUGUCUCUUUGGCCUGGGAGAGGCUGUGAAUUCCAUCUACGUGGUGGGCGGCCGAGAGCUGAAGGAUGGCGAGCGUAGCCUGGACUCAGUCUUGUGCUACGACAGGCUGUCAUUCAAGUGGGGCGAGUCGGACCCUCUGCCCUACGUGGUGUACGGCCACGCGGUGCUGUCCCAUAUGGAUCUUGUCUAUGUCAUCGGUGGCAAAGGCGCAGACAGGAAGUGUCUGAACAAGAUGUGCGUCUAUGACCCCAAAAAAUUCGAGUGGAAGGAGCUGGCACCCAUGCAGACUGCCCGCUCACUCUUUGGGGCCACUGUCCACGACGGUCGCAUUUUUGUGGCAGCUGGGGUCACUGACACUGGGCUGACCAGUUCUGCCGAGGUGUACAACAUUGCAGACAACAAGUGGACACCCUUCGAGGCGUUCCCACAGGAGCGCAGCUCGCUCAGCCUGGUCAGCCUGGGAGGUACCCUCUACGCUAUCGGCGGCUUCGCCACACUGGAGACCGAGUCUGGAGAGCUGGUGCCCACAGAACUCAACGACAUCUGGAGGUAUAACGAGGAAGAGAAGAAGUGGGAGGGUGUCCUGCGGGAGAUCCCCUACGCUGCCGGCGCCACCUUCCUGCCCGUGCGGCUCAACGUGCUGCGUCUGACGAAGAUGUGAGCAGCCUGGAGGGCCUGAACCAAGCACGCACCCCCCACCCCCGGGGUCUGGCCUUGUGGGGGCUCCAAGGAGGAAGCUGGAGGGGGCCCGGGCCCACCCAGAUCCCAGGACUGCUUUAGCCAGACUG